AUGUCGACGACAGAGAGUGUCAAUGUGCGCCGUAACAAUGUGGUCUUCACCGACGCUGCCCCGAAGCCGCUGCCCGUGUUUUCCCAGGCGAUCAAGACGAAAGAUACGAUCUAUGUGUCCGGGACCGUUGGCAUAGAUCCGCACACCGGUGACCUCGUCUCUGGAGACAUCAAGGAGCAGACGAGUCAGGUUUUAAAGAACAUGAAAGUCGUUCUGGAGGUGGCUGGAUCGGGACUGGGAAGGGUGGUCAAGGUCAACGUCUUCGUGACCGACAUGCGCAACUUCGAAGCCAUGAACGAGGCGUACACGGGCGCCUUUGAGGAUCCACAGCCAGUUGAGUUUCUUCCAAACCCCACUCUCCUCUUCCUCGGAGAUCUUGGGCGCCAAAGAUCGUGGUGA